GACAUGCGUGCUGAAUGGACCAUACCCAACAUGGCGGCAGGUGAGAGAAAAGAGCGCGAGAAGCGAGCGUCCGGGCGUGAAGCACGUAAAACUGACGACGGCGCCCCUCCAGUCGACUGGAGCGUGGACCUGGAGAUCAACCUGUUCCAGGCUAUGAGAGGACACAAGCCUGUUGGUGUGAACCGACACUUCCAGAUGGCAUGUAUCCACGAAAAACUGAACCAGAUGGUCAACCGGCACAUCAGUGUACAGCAGAUCUGGAACCAUCUGGAUGACAUGUAUGAUAUGCCAGCACUGCAUGACUCAGAAAUCCUGCCUUUCCCAAACAGCCAGACAGAGUUUAUCCUUCCAGACGACAUCAGAAACCCUGACGAGUCGUUUGACACAGCUUCUCCCAGGGACUCAGAUAUGGGUGGAGCCAAGUCCAGUCGUGGAGCUGGGACAGGAGCCACCAACACACCCGACAGCUCACCUAAGCGGAAAAGGACGCGGCAGCUGGCAUCGUCAAGCCCUUCAAGUCCCGCCAACCCUCCCAGUUCCACAAAGAGAAGGAGAUUGCAGAAUGUGUAGUUCUAAUGAGCACCCUCCCCUUCUCAUAGA